AUGAUGGGCGCCAGCGUCGUCGACCACAAUGUCAGCCUCGAGUGCAUCCCGUCGUCGCCGCCCGGCUUGAGCUACUCCAAGAGCUCCAAGAGCUCCUCAUCCGACGAAGAUGAUCUCUCCGACACUGCGCUGACCGACAAGUCGACGCACUUUGCAGACGUCGAGCUCAACGGCGAUUCCGCUGAAGACUGCAAUCUGCCGCCGGACAGCAGACCUACUCUCAAGAGACCGCCGCCGAGGUCUCUGACCGCUACGGGCGACGUGGAUUCGGCCGCACGACGGCGCAGUGGCACAUCGCCGCCUCUGAGGCCGCUGCCCAAUGGCAUGAGGCAGAAGUACCCCAGUCUGCAGGGAGUCGUGAACGGUGCACUCAGAGAUCAGUCGCUCAAUCUGCCCUCUGGACGGAGGAGCAUGCAACGCGCUGCUUCCAGUCCUACCUCGCCCUUCAUGCGCCAACACCCCCACCGCAUUCCCUCGCGAUCGCCCUCGCCGGGCAAGCCGUACGGCCAACAGGCCUUUUCCGCUUCUUCCCAAACUCUCGCCAGUAACAGUUCGGACGCUCUCGCAAAGGAGAAUGGAUCAGUCCCGCGGAGACCAUCGUGGCAGCCUGGCACUGGCAGGAAGACGGCGGAAGAGUUGGAGGCGGAAUACAACGACGAUGACGAAGACGUGCCGGAAGAAGCUAUACUCGAGAACGUCCCCAUUUCGCCCAUGCCUGGUCACUACAAUGGUUUGCGCUCGCCCAGCACUGCUUCUCUGCGCUCCACGACGCCUAGUCCGCAUCGACGCCCUAUCUACGCGAACCUCCACUCCGCCAACAUCCCUAAGCAAGCCAAGCGGCCUCACGCUCGCGCCUCGAACGCUCCUCCAAUGCCACGAUCACCGAAGCAUGUUGGCAGACCAGCGAUCCCACACAGCGCCACUAUCUCGCAUUUUCCUGCAGAGCCCUUCAGCCGGAAGCAUAGGAGCAAGUCCUGGACUGAGGAUCUGAAUGAAGAGGCAAAGCAACUAUCACAAGCUCUCGAAGAGUACGCAGAGCGGACCGAUUCGGAGAAGCGGUCGAGUCUGACGAACACGCCCUCGAGCAGCCCACCACGACCAUCGAUGCCAAAGCAGAGGGCAAAGAGCAGCGCUUAUGAGGUCUCAGUCCAUGGUCUGCCGCCUGUCCAAAAGGGAAACAUCAUGAUUGAUCCGUUGCCAAUAAGCAAGGAGAAAGAAGCUGUUCUGAGCCGGACGCGACCGUCGUGGCUACCGCCGAAGGAUCCCAUUGAGGAAAAGAAGCAUCUGAAGGAGUUCCAGCAGAUGAUGGCACGUGCUGCGGAGGCCGAGAAGAAGCGGCUAUUAAAGGAGCAGGAAAACAAAGAGAACCAGAAAGAGAUGAAGGGCAGUCUGGCGAAGAUCUGGGAGCAGCACGUUCUUCCUAACUGGGAUGCUGUGGUCAAAGAGCCCCGGACUCGAGAGCUUUGGUGGAGAGGUGUUACGCCGAGGAAUCGAGGAGAGGUAUGGCAGAGGGCAAUUGGUAAUGAGCUGGAACUCUCAACGGCCAGUUUCGAGGCUGCUCUGGCGAGGGCCAAUGCGCUGGAGAGAAAAUUCGCGGACCUGCCUGCGGAGGCGAGGGAGAAGAACAAGGAGGCCGCUUGGUUCAAGUCCAUCGCGAGAGACGUCCCUGAUACUUUCCCGGACCUGGGCAUAUACCAACCCGACGGCGGACACCUGCAUCAGUCUCUCACAGAUGUCCUGAAGGCUUUCGCAACGUAUCGCCACGACGUGGGCUACGUUUAUGGAACACAUCUGGUUGCUGGCAUCAUUUGCCUCCUCCUUCCGGCUCCAGAGGCUUUCGUUCUGCUGGCCAACAUGCUGAACCGACCACUCCCUCUGGCCUUCCUUGUUCACGACCAAGCCGCUAUGGCGAGAGCCUAUGACCUCACCCUCCAGACCCUGAAGUACAAGUUCACUCGCUUGCACGACCAUCUGACGAAUGAAUCUGUGGGUCUCAGAGCGGAAGAAUAUCUGGAUCCCCUCUUUCGGUGUCUCUUCUCAUACAACCUUGCCCCGCAGCACGUCAUGAGGAUUCUGGACGUGUUCGUGUUCGAGGGAGACAAGGCCCUGAUCCGCACUGCCGUGGCGGUUCUAGGUCGGCAAGAAAGUAAGCUGUACGGCAGCAGAGAUGAAAUUCUUGACCUGGUCGGAUGGCGGAACGAAAAUCGAUGGGACGUUGGAAGUGAGGAGGAAUUCAUGGCCGCUGUACGUGAGGCUGGAAAGGUUGAGGGGAAGAUGGGCGGGAACGCGUAG